AUGUCGAAUCAAGGACCGUACAAUUAUUCUUAUAUAUUCAAAUAUAUUAUUAUUGGAGAUAUGGGAGUUGGAAAAAGUUGCUUGUUGCAUCAGUUUACAGAGAAAAAAUUUAUGGCCGAUUGUCCUCAUACGAUUGGUGUUGAAUUUGGAACACGAAUUAUUGAAGUUAAUGGGCAGAAAAUUAAAUUACAAAUAUGGGAUACUGCUGGUCAAGAACGUUUUCGUGCCGUUACAAGAAGUUAUUAUCGUGGUGCAGCCGGUGCAUUGAUGGUUUAUGAUAUAACGCGGCGAGCAACGUAUAAUCAUUUAAGUGGAUGGUUAACAGAUGCAAGAUCUCUAACAAAUCCAAAUACAGUCAUUUUCCUAAUUGGUAAUAAAGCUGAUUUAGAUGGUCAACGUGAAGUUACGUAUGAAGAAGCAAAACGUUUUGCUGAUGAAAAUGAUUUAUUAUUUUUGGAAACUUCGGCGAAAACAGGUGAUAAUGUUGAAGAUGCAUUUAUUGAAACAGCACGAAAAAUUUAUCAAAAUAUUCAAGAUGGUUCUUUGGAUUUAAAUGCAGCUGAAACAGGUGUACAACCCAAACCACCAUCAAAUCGAAUAGGGGCAAACGGUGGAAGAGAAGAUGCACAAGAUGGAAAAGAUUCUAAAUGUCAAUGUUAG